AUGGAUGAGAUGAAGUCUGUGAAGUCGGAGGAGCUUUUGAGCCCUGCAGGGAGGCGCAGUCUGUGCAUGGUGAAUUGCGAGAAUAAAUGCGUGAAGCGGCGGCGUAGGUCUCCUCCGGCCAUCGCCAUCCAACCGCCGGGAGAGACGAGUCUUCAGAACGCCGCCGAUUCUACCACUCCUAAGCAGCCAAAUGUUCCCACAACUCCAACUGUUAAGAGAAGUUCAAGAUUUCGCGGCGUUAGCAGACAUCGAUGGACAGGACGAUACGAGGCUCAUUUGUGGGACAAAGGAUCAUGGAACGCGACGCAGAAGAAGAAGGGGAAACAGGUGUACCUUGGAGCAUAUGAUGAAGAAGAAUCUGCAGCAAGAGCAUAUGAUUUGGCUGCAAUCAAGUACUGGGGAACAUCAACCUUCACAAAUUUCCCAAUAUCUGACUAUGGGAAGGAGAUUGAAAUAAUGCAGAAUGUAACCAAAGAGGAGUACUUAGCCUCUCUCAGAAGGAGGAGUAGUGGAUUUGCAAGGGGCGUGUCCAAAUACCGAGGCGUUGCUAGGCAUCAUCACAAUGGGAGAUGGGAAGCAAGGAUCGGACGCGUUUUUGGCAACAAAUAUCUGUAUCUUGGCACAUACAGUACUCAAGAGGAAGCAGCGCGAGCCUACGACAUAGCAGCCAUCGAGUACAGAGGAAUCAACGCCGUUACAAAUUUCGAUUUGAGCACAUACAUUAGAUGGCUAAAACCAGGUGCCAAUUCCCUGGCAUUGCAGGAGGACCACCACCACCUCGUAUCAGAACCUCAACCUCUGCAAUCCAAUAACACAGUUAACGCCGCAAGUGACCAACGCCAAGCCUUCUCCUUCAACUCAUCCAACUUCUUCUCUACCACUGAAACCCCCCUGUCUGUUGCCAUUCCUCAAGACCCAAUCGUCGUGAGGAAACCGCCGUUAAGUCCUUGCAGCAAAUCGUCUAAUUCCCCAACCGCCCUAAGCCUCCUCCUUCGUUCAUCCAUGUUUCGCUCGCUUGUGGAGAAGAAUUCCAAUGCCGACAGUGAGGAGAAUGAAUCGCAGGUUGUGGGUGCAGAAGAAGGUGAGGAUUUCGCGUUUUAUGCAGCAGGGGACAAGCUGCCUGGAUUGGAUUCAUUGGAGAAGCCGGGGCCAUCUUUCUGGGAUUUGAUGUCGUGA